AUGCUGCGACAGCUUUCGGCGCGGCUGUCACCGCGGACGAGCAAGCUUCUCCUGCCGAGGAAUAUAUGCAAGAAAGGCUUUGCGACGGUUCAAGUCGAAGGAUUACAGAAGGAACCCACGGAAUUAGACCAAAUCACCACUCUCCCCAAUGGUCUGCGCGUCGCAUCCGAAGCCCUACCCGGCUCCUUCGCCGGCGUAGGCGUCUACAUCGAAGCGGGAUCGCGGUUCGAAACCCCUUCCCUCCGCGGCGUAUCCCACAUCAUGGACAGACUCGCCUUCAAGUCAACAUCCCAACACACAGCGGACGCGAUGCUCGAGCGGGUAGAGAAUCUGGGCGGUAACAUCCAGUGCGCGUCGUCACGAGAGUCGAUGAUGUACCAAGCCGCUACGUUUAACAACGCGGUUCCCGAGACGGUGGCCCUGCUGGCGGAGACGAUUCGCGACCCGUGCAUCACGGAGGAGGAGGUUGCUGCGCAGAUUGAGACGGCGAGGUAUGAAAUUGCUGAGAUUUGGAGCAAGCCGGAGCUUAUUCUGCCGGAGCUGGUGCACACAGCCGCGUUCAAGGACAAUACGCUGGGGAAUCCGUUGCUGUGUCCGGAGGAGCGGCUGGCCGAGAUUGGGAGGGACACGGUGACGUUGUACAGGGAUAGGUUUUACCGUCCGGAGAGGAUGGUGCUUGCGUUUGCGGGCGUGGACCAUUCCAUCGCUGUGAGGUUGGCGGAGGAGCAUUUCGGGGACAUGAGGAAGGGGAAAUUGCUGACGGGGUCGGAGACGAGUGAGAGUGAGGGCUCAGACUCUGAAGCCUCGUCGUAUUCGUCCAAGUCGUCGCGCUCAAGUGUGGUUUCUAAAAUCCCCUUCAUCAAGAAUCUCUCUACUUCAGCGACGCGAAACGCAGUUGCGCAUGAUCUACCAGACACCACGCCCGCACACUACACCGGCGGGUUUCUCUCCCUCCCCCCGCAGCCCCCGUCGCUGAACCAAACAAACUUCACGCACAUCCACGUCGCGUUUGAAGGCCUCCCCGUCGGCUCCGACGACAUCUACGCCCUCGCCACGCUGCAGACUCUCCUCGGCGGAGGGGGGUCCUUCUCCGCCGGCGGCCCCGGCAAGGGCAUGUACUCCCGCCUGUACACCAACGUGCUCAACCAGUACGGCUGGGUAGAAUCGUGCGUCUCCUUCAACCACUCGUACACGGACUCGGGGCUCUUCGGCAUCUCCGCCUCCUGCCUGCCGGGCCACACGUCGUCCAUGCUCGACGUCGUGUGCCAGGAACUGCGGGCGCUGACCCUCGACACGGGCUUCUCGCGCCUGCAGGAGGGGGAGGUGUCCCGCGCGAAGAACCAGCUGCGCUCGAGUCUGCUUAUGAAUCUGGAGUCGCGGAUGGUGGAGCUGGAGGACCUGGGGCGCUCGGUGCAGGUCCACGGGCAUAAGAUCCCCGUGGGGGAGAUGUGUAGACGGAUUGAGGGCCUGACGGUCGAGGAUCUGAGGAGGGUGGCGGGCAUGGUUGUCGGCGGGAUGGUGAAGGGAGGGGGGAGUGGUGCGCCGACGGUGGUGGUGCAGGAGGCGCAGGCGUAUGGGUUGACGAGCCAUUCUAUGAGUUGGGAUCAGAUCCAGGAUCGGAUUGAUGGGUGGAAGUUGGGGAGGCGGUGA